AUGCUACAGAUCAAGGAACACUAUCCGCACAUCACGCUACCCAGCAAGCUCGAGUACCCCAGCAUACCCUCCAAAGACGUUAACGACUUUCUGCGCGCAUACAUCCCCUACAAUGACGCUCCUGUCAUCAGCCUUGGGGAUGCCUAUGGAAUGGGUUUGCGCGGGCUUCCUUUCUACUUCGAGGGCGCGGUUGCGCCCUUUACAAGCACCUGCGCGGACAUCUGGCAGCCUCCCCCCGUUAUAGAGAACUUCGUGAAUGGAUUCAUCGACACUUUUCUGGGGUCAGAGUAUGCAGCGCUGCACCUAAGGCGAAGCGACUUCUCCAGGACUUAUCGGAAGGAGGACAAUGGAAGGGAGCGUAGCUCUUUCCUUCCUAUCGUCACUGUCGCUUAUUUCGUCAUCGAGCGUUUGAGGGAUACGGGCGUGUCCGUGGUGUACCUCGCAACUGAUGCAAGCCCGUCCGAGAUUCAACUGCUGGAGAAGCUGUUUCUUGGUUCUGGUAGCUGGAGACCCCUUGUGGUAGUGCGCCUGCCCGAGUUUGCUAAGGGAUCCGAGGAGUAUUCACAAUUUCCCUGGGGCCACGAGCGUCUGUUUGUGCUGUUUCUAAUGGCAAAGGACGGAAUCGUCUUCUUUUGUCUGGGCAACGACCUGCUUACCAAGGAUCAGGCAGGCGCGUGGGCUGCUGGGGCGCGUUGUUCCGCAGGCCACGGGCGGCUGUUCGUGCUGUUUCUGAUGGCAAAGGACGGAAUCGUGUUCUUCUGUCUGGGCUACGACCCGCUCACCAAGGAUCAGGCGCGCGGGCUGCUGGGGCGCGUGCGCACGGCGUUCCUCUACUCCGCGCGCAAGUGCGACCUGCACUCGGGCGCGCCGCUGCCCGACGCGACGCGCGACAACAUCCGCAAGUCGUUCGCGUCGACCUUCCGCUCGCACAGAGGAAAGAUCGAGGAAGGCGCGCAGCCGCCGCCGCUGACGAUCUACCACGACGCGCCGUUCGCGUAUCGGACCAAGUCGGAGGAUUCGUUUCCCGCAGGUGAGAGUCAGGAUGGGGAGGAGAGCGAGGAGGGGGAGGAGGUUGAGGAAGGGGGGUGGGAUGAUUACGAGGAUGAUGGUGAUUAUAGUGAAGGUGAUGGUGGUGGUGGUGGUGGGGAGGACAGGGCAGAGCUUAGGGGGGAGGAUGAAGCGGGCGAUCCUGAGAACUGUGACAAUAGGCGGAGUUCCGCAGACGGGGAAGCGGAAGGGAUGCCAGCGGCCGGUACAGGAACAGGUACAGGGUCAAGAAGCAGCAGAUCGAACGGUCAGGAUCAACAGACGAGAGAGCAGCAGCAAGCAGCUGGGGGGAGCGAUGCUGGGGGUAGGAACAGCAGGGACGGCAAGGACGGUAGGGAUAAUGAUGAUGAUGAUGAUGACUCAGGGUGGAUUGAUGGUGCCACCCUGGUGACGGGGCAAGCGCUGAAGGGUGCCACGUGGCAGCGACUCCCCGCGUCGGAUCCGGGAAUCGGGCGGGGAAGAGGCAGGCGGAAAGGGGGAGGUACCGGGCGGAACAGUUGCGAGGGGAGCGGGGGGAGGGGGAGUGCGGGCAGUCGUCUCACGCCGAGACAGAGGCUCCUGCAGGAGGUGGGGGAGGUGCUGGUGGGAGUGGGGGCGGAUGUGUCAGGGUGCGCCGUUGACCCCUGCUUUGACCUCGGUCAACCCAUCCGGCCGGUAGGCCCGUCCCUUGACCUGGGUCAACCCGUGAGACCAGCAGAUAGAAACAGUCGGUCGGCCAAGGCAAAUGCCGUUGAUAGCAGCAGGGACGGCAGUGGAGGAGAAGGAGGAGGAGCAGAGCUGCAAUCUCGGCCUACCGCAGUUGAACCGUCCCCAGUUGCGCCUGCCCGCCCCUCUCCGGGAUACCCCCCCCGAGGCACCUCCACCCCCCCCAUCGCGCCCUCCUUCGGCUCCCCUGCUGCCCUUCGCGGCUCAGGCUCGGGAAAACGUCUCUCGAUCAAUGAGAGGCCAACAGCUGGCAUCGCGGGCAGCGAUGGAAGCGGGUGGAACAUGAGCGUAACGUUACCCCCGCAGGCCCUCGCCCAGCUCGCAGCCGCCAUGCAGGAAGGGGACGACGAGGACGGGGGGAAGGGGGCGUUGCGGGAAGGGCAUGGGGGGGAAGGAGAUGGGAAUGGGGGUGGGGAGGAUGGAGGGGGUCCUGGGUUGGGGUUUGAGUGGCGGAGUGUUUCGGCAGCAGUGGCCGCGGCGCAGAGAGGGGACCGCGCGUUUGUGCACAGCCAUAGUUGGAACGUACGAUCGAGUGGACUGGACGAGGGGGAGGAGGGCGAGCGGGGAGAGGGCGGAAGGGGUGGAGAGGGGUGGGAAGCGGUGCAAGGAAGAAGGACAAUGAGCAGUCAAGGGAGGAAGGGUGCGGUUUCAGGAGUGUCUCCUGGCAUGUCGCCUUCGGGUUCCAUCACACCGUCACGGCUGUCCAGACUGGGCUCCUCUGCUUCUCCUUCCGCUGCCACUGCUGCGGUUUCCUCACAUGCCUUUCCGGACAUGGACGGCUCGUAUAGUCACGCUUCAAGAAGCAACUCUUAUAGUCACACCCCAGUGGAUGGGCCACACAGGAGCAGCCCUCUGCGGGACUCCAACCUCCCCCCUCGGUCGAGCCCUCUGGCUCGAGAGCUCGCGGAUUUGGAGAAGGAAGCCGGAUCAGUACAGUCUGUCCCCGUUAUAAGCUCAUCUUCUCCAGGCAGAGUUGCUUUUCCGGAUUUGGCGCCUGCGGGUAACAGAAGAAGCAGCCUAGCGCAAGAGAUCGAGGAGCUUGAGGGAACAUGCACAGGUGCAGAACACAAUGUCAACAGCAGCAGUACUGCUUUCGGUCCUACUGGCAGGAUCGCUGGUGGUAACCCUAGUGCUGGUGGUUACUCUCCUGGUUACCCGCGCGGUGACAGUGGCAGAAGCGGCAGUGCCAGCAGCAGCCGCAGGUUCCUUGGUGCAGGUAGCGCUGGAGACAUAGCCACUGCUGGUAGCGGCAGGGAUAUAGCCACUGGUGUGGCCACUGGUGUGGCCACUGGUGGGGCCACUGGUGGGGACACUGGUGGGGACAUAGCAGUUUUUGGUGCGUCUCAGAAAUGGACUUUACCGCCGAGCUCUAGCUCAGAAUGGAAACCCGGGCCUGGGAGCGACAGUUGUGUUCCAAUGGCUGGGAGCGAUGGUUACCGCGUAACCGACCGGUUUGGUGCAUCUACGAGUAUUGUGUCCGAGCCGUCUGCGUCGCCUCAGUCUCCUGCGAGUUCUGUCGCCGUUCCUGUCCUCCGCCGAACCUACACGGACUGCGACCGGCAUGCUGCGGCAGGAGGUUUGGGGGGAGGUGCGGAAGUAGCAGCAGCUGGUGGUGCGGCCGGUUCUGGUGUGGCAGAUUCCACGUAUCUGGCCUCGCCCGGUGGUUCGAUGCACCUGGCCUCUCCUGCUCGCUCCUGCGCAUCCAGUAUAGAUGGUCGUUCCGAGGUAAUGCUGCGAUCCCCACAGUAUGGACGAGCAGGAGCAGCAGGAGUGGGAGCAAAGGGAGGAGCAACUGGAGCAGUAUCACCUGCAAGAGCAGCAGUAGGACAGACUAACUCUCCUGCUACUGCUUUCGCCCCCUCCUCACCUGCUCCUGACCGUACCAGCCGCCCUGCUUUCCCCGACUACCAGAGCUCUCCCUCCGCUUCCCCCAUUUCCACCACUUCCCCCUCCCGCUCCCAAGUCCCGCCCGUGCCUCCCUCCUCUAAACCUAGACGUACUUCCAAGGUGUUUAAAGCGUUUGGGCCUAAAAGCCCGCUGAACACGGUGAAAUCCGGAGGGUUCUGGCCGGUGCAGAGCGGUUGGGGGGGUGGUGACGCCAGCCCUGCCAGUAGUACUGCUAGCGGGUUCUCUGCUGCUACACCCACUGCUGCUGCCGCUGUUGCUGCUGCUGCUGCUGCCGCGGCUUCUGCUGCUGCUGGUAGUUCCACUCCUGUUGCUGCUGGCUCUGGUGGUUUGAUGAGUAGCAGUAGUAGUGGCAGCAAUCAGAAGGGAGGGGAAGGUUCACUCGGAAAGAUGUGGCUUAAGCUGUUUGGGAAAGGUUGGGGCAAAGGGGGUGGUGGACAGGGAGGGGGGAGUGAGGAGAUGGAGGAGGAGGAAGGGGCGGGGAGGAGAGGAAGGAGGUUGUCACUUCAAGGGUCUGGGAGCGAAGCCGGAGCAGGGAGAGGGGAUGAAACGGCUGGGCAGAUUCGGGGCAGGUUACGAAGAAAUUCUCUAUCUACCCGGCUGGAGAAAGUGGGGCUACGGGCGAGCGCAACCGUUGGAUCGAACCCAUGGGGCGGGAAGGGAGAUGGGGGAAGCGAAGGUGAUGGGGCCAACGAGCGUGGGAGAGAGGGAGAGGCAUGGCAGAUUCUGAAGGAAGAGGGAAGGAUGGACGGGAGGGAAGAUGACAGGAAAGAAGCGAGGAAACAUGGGGGAAGGGAGCAAGCAGGGGGGAGUGGGGCCCAAGGGGGGGGGGAGGAUGAAGGGGAGGGGUUCUGGAAGGGAAAGUUAAAAGUGCUGGGUGGGGGAAAGGCAAAAGGCAGGGCUAGCUGCUCUGUGUGA